ACUCUCCGUCUCCUCGUCUUCAGAACACUACCCUCACAAGCAUGGAGUGUCUUCGUUAACCUCAACUAUUCUGGGUCUAUCCCACCAAGUCCAACCAUCUAUAACACACCUUUCGGCUCCUCGUGAUAGGCAGACGAAGAUGCCGCCGCCCCGCCGCAAGAAGCCCCUUUCGUUAAGGAUUCGACAAUGGAUCCAUCGGCUUCGCACAUGGCGCUCGCCGUUGAAUCUACGCGGCAGCUUGACAAGACUACGGGCAUUUGAGAGACACCCGCUCUGGGCUCUGGUACGCCUUUUCAUUCCGUUUCCUUCGUGGAAAUUCCCCGUGUCCGACGUUAUGCCGGCGGCGGAAAUGAUCGGAAACGAAGAAUUGCUUCUUCUUCGACACGAUAAUAUGAUCGAUCUGGAAAGCAUACCGAUUUGGCGCGUUCGCGAUACCCCCUUGAGAUGUUUGUAUAGAAUGUACGAAGCUAUGGCAUCUGGCGUCUACGAGGUAUUAGGCACCGAAACUGAAUACUUUUGGUAUCAGAAGGGGUGGUCAUUACAGUCGAUCAGCGACCCCAGGGACGAAGAUCCCGUUCGCUACGCCAUCAUCGCAUGUCUCGUUGAGGAGCUUGUCGUUGCAUUUAAUUGGCGUCUAAGUCUAGGCAUGCGUCGGAACCGCAAGCACAUUAUCCGAAAGACGGAAGACGACCCGUGGCCCCCGUAUACACCGCUGAUAGGUCCUGCAUGGACGGGCUCUGUACCUGCGCUCUCGGCCAGCGACUUGGACGGAUUACCCGGACGUUACAUAUUGGAAGGAAAGCUCGUCUUAGAGGACGGCGGACUGAAUAAAAUCUUUGCGCGCCGCAACAUCAUUACGAAUGUUGGUUGGCUUUAUACGAUAUGAACCGCAAGCCCUACGCUACCAUGUUUUUGUCGCGAAAGUAAGGGGAUCAUCCGCUUCAGCAUCCGGCGGUAUGCACGUAACUCCUUGCCAAAUACAGUCGAGACUUCAUAGCGAGCC